AUGUCACUGCUUGCCUUCACCCGUCUCUACUGCCACGCCCAAACACCGCCGCCUCGUCCUUCCCAUCCACACCCAGUCCACUCCCCUCAUCUCUCGACCGACUCGGCCAGCCAGCCAGCCAGCCAGCCAGCCACUCAAGCCCGCCCGCCCGCACAAUACGCGGCCUCAACCCGCCUGCUGCCAACCGCCGCGUCAUCCGCGCUCCCGCCGCCGUCGUCCCGCGCCAGAUGACGCGUCCGCGCUGCCCGUCGCAUAAGAAGCCGGUUCGCGUCCGAUCGACGUCGACGCGCGCCCCUCGCCUUGACGUUCUUGCCCGAGCCCGCCCGCGAUCGCUGACUGCGACGCAUACACACGUAUAUCGCCCUACGCCUUCCCGCAGCCGCGCGUCAAGACCACCGCCUCGCGCCUCUCCGCUAUCCGCCCCACCCGCGUCCCCUCCUCCGCCUCUCACGACGCGCUGCCGCCUUCGACAACGCCAUAACCACGUCAUCAAGCCCCCGAAGGACAUCCCUACCCCUCUCCCACUCCUUCCCCAGCCUCCCCUCUCCCUUCUCCCGCUCGAUCCCAACCCACCCUCUCCCUUCUCGCACCUCCUCACCACCUACCCAUACCCUUUCGCGCUUCCCCACCCCUCCCCAUCUCCCAUCAUUCUCCUUUCCUUUCGCGCGUCCCCUACCCCCACCCUCCCUUCGCACCACUAUACCCCCCUCCCGCUUUUCGUACCGUCCUACCUCCCCCCUCCCUUCCCUUGCGCGCUUCGCCCCCCUCCCCUUUCGCGCUUCGCCCCUCCCUGCCUAUCUUCGCUCCCCCUCCUCUCAUUGUUCACGCGACCCCCUUCCCUCCCUACCCCCCUCCGCUUUCGUAUCACUCCUCCCCUCCCCCAUCUCGCAUUGCUCCUCCCCCCUCCCCUUUAAAUCUCGUAUCGCUCCUCCCCUCCCCUUCGUUCCGAACCCCUUACCUCACCCUCACCCUACCCCUACCCCUUCGUGCUAACCCCUUCCACUCCUUCUCGCCCCUCCCCCCUCCCACCUAUUCCCUCCCCCUUCCCACCUAUACCAUCCCCCCUUCCCACCUAUACCAUCCCCCCUUCCCACCUAUACCAUCCCCCCUUCCCACCUCUCGCCCCUC